GGACUUGCGGCGGCUGUCUGAAAGGCCAGAUCGCCUAUGAGUCGCCAUUGAGGGAGAAAACAGUAGAUAUUGAGGAAUUUGUCCGCCAGAACCGAGAAGAACGGCGUUAACACUCAGCAGCUGCUGUAGAUAAAGCGCUGCGGGAGAACCGGCGGUGAGGUUAGGCUGGUGGGCUGAAGUCUGAAGGCUAAAGGCGGGUAUUUAGAGGAGCCUGGCCGGGGUUGCUGCUGUCGCUGCUCUUUGUGUGGACAUGGUUUGUUGUUGUUUUUGAGUGAAGGCUCUCCUGGCUCUGCUGGGACCCUCUGUAUGGAGGAGAAAGUGGCAGGAGUCGGAGUUCAGGGAGUACAGUUACAGUAAACACGUAUUUUAAGAGCAGGAGAGUCGGGAACGCAGCCUGAGCCCUUUUUAAAGGUCCAGAAUCUGAAGAUCGGGAGGAGAAAGGAAGGAUAUGGGCAACUGCCUGAAGUCCCCUACUUCUGAUGAUAUCUCUCUGCUCCAUGAAUCGCAGUCAGACAGGGCUAGUUUUGGAGAUGGCACUGAUCCGGAGCAGGAACCGCCUCCACCUUACCAGGAACAGAUCCACGUGCCGGUGUAUCACCCGACGCCGAGUCAGGCCCGGCUGGCGACGCAGCUGACCGAGGAGGAGCAGAUUCGCAUCGCCCAGAGAAUCGGCCUCAUCCAGCACCUGCCCAAAGGAGUGUUUGAUCCCGGCAGUGACGGCACUGAGAAGAAGAUACGAGAGUGUGUGAUCUGCAUGCUGGACUUUGUUUACGGGGAUCCGAUCCGGUUCCUGCCCUGCAUGCACAUCUACCACAUGGACUGCAUCGACGACUGGCUGAUGCGCUCCUUCACCUGCCCCUCCUGCAUGGAGCCGGUGGAUGCUGCACUUCUCUCCUCCUACGAAACCAACUAAAUACACACACACACACACACCUGAUGACGUCACAUUUGUUUUUCAAGGGAUGUAUCCCUUGCUUCCAGCAGGUGACUGAAUGGGGGUACGGACCCAUGGUCCCACCAUGUGUUUCUGGAGGACCUGAGAAGCUGAGAUGCUCUCCUGGGUUUUCCUGCUGGACAGGAGAACCAAUAGGAGCCUCACAACUGACUGCAUCACGUGACUCUCCUCAGAAAGACCCUCCCAACAGCCCAUUCGUUCUCCAGUCUGCUGAGGAACCUCGUACACUGGAAGGCAUUAAACAGUAGAAAAUUAUACAAAAAAGAAGAGACUUCAAUGGGGAAAAUGCAAUUUGUCCUGCCCUUCCUCCCCUAUCUUGUCUUUCUCUCUAUUUCUCUCUAUAUUUCUUUCUCUUCUCAUUUCUGUUAAGGGCUCAUUGUAUUUUUAGCUUAGAUGAAAAACGAUUAAGGCUGCGUUCACACCCUAGCAGGUAAAAAUGGUCUGAAUCUGAACUUUUUCAUCAUAUUUGACACAAAUGCGUCCUCAAUGGAAAUGGAUGACAGCAGUGUGCUAGAGUGAGUGUUUUAGUAUUUGGGAUACUAUUUAUAAUAGAAAUUUAGACUGUGUCGCUAUUCCAGUAAUAUUUAAAGGUUCGUUCUCUGUUUCUAAUGAAAUUGCUGCAGAAAUAAUUGAAAAUAAAAUAAAGGAAGAACAUAAAACGUCCCCUUUUGUAUCAGCGACCUUUAUCAAACAAAUUCUCGGUCUUAAGCUCAGCUGCAAAAUCCUUCACAGCUUCUAAGAUGCUGGAAAAGAUGAAACCAAAACUUCACAUGAAGCUCUGUAUUGCUCUUUUGCACAUAUUCGAUAGGAGCUUAAAGAACUAUUGAGAUGAAUGUAGGCAAUAGAUCACAUUGAAAGAAUCAUCAUAUAAACACAAAAUUUGGUGGGAACAUCAGAUUUGGGCCACUUUUACCUGCUGUGUGAACGUAGCCUAUGUGAUUUAAAUGCGUUUGCACACAAAUUACGAAAACAGCUCUGGAAAAAAAUGAAGAGAGCACUUCAUUUUCUGAAUCAGUUUCUCUGAUUUUGCUAUUUAUAGGUUUAUAUUUGAGUAAAAUGAACAUUGUUGUUUUAUUCUAUAAACUACAGACAACAUUUCUCCCAAAUUCCAAAUAAAAAUAUUGUCAUUUAGAGCAUUUAUUUACAGAAAAUGAGAAAUGUCUGAAAUAACCAUAAAGUUUAUAUUCAUAAAGUUUUAAGAGUUCAGAAAUCAAUAUUUGGUGGAAUAACCCUGGUGGUUUUUAAACACAGUUUUUUUUUUCAUGCAUCUUGGCAUCAUGUUCUCCUCCACCAGUCUUACACACUGCUUUUGGAUAACUUUAUAGUGCUUUACUCCUGGUGCAAAAAUUCAAGCAGUUCAAUUUGGUAAAAUCAAAGAAACUCAUCCUUUUUUUAAAUGGUCUCUCUCUUUUUUAAAUUAUUUUUCCUGAGCUGUAUUAAAAUUUGCACUUCUUCUCAGACAUCUUCUCCCACCAUUGCCUUCCUCUCUUUGUAGGGGGCUUGUGUGACUCAUUCCAUUCAGCUCCCAGCCUUUAGCUUUCCUUUUGGACUUUCUGCAGCUGCAGACUCUUGCUGUGGGUCAUGGAUUUGUUGGACGACUGGAAGAAGAAUCUCUCUAUUAUUGGUCAUGACCAGUGACUGUAUAAAGCAUGGGUAAUGUGCUUCCAUUUCCUUUCUUUUCUGUAGAAAUGAAGCCAGAAAUGUCCCCCAUGUUGUUGAAUUAGAGACAAGGGGUGGAGCAGUAUUUAGACCAAGUGUCUCAGACUGCCUUCAUUGAGUUGAGUUUUACAGCACAGUCUAAAGAACCAGAAGCAAAACAGCUUUAUUGUACAGCAUAUUACAGAACCAGAGCUCAGCUCUGAUUAAUCUGUUUAUAAUAGAGACGAACCAAAUCUAAUACAGAGUUCAGUUUAACCCCCGAUUAAUAUAAAACAGGAUUAUUUACACAGUAUUUGGAAUAAAUGUGACAAAAGUUCUGACUGAGACAAAGUACAAGUGCAUCACGUCUUAACUACUAUAACAUUUUCUGAAUGGCUAACAAUUAAUUACUGUAUGUAAAACUGGCUGUUUUAUGCUAACACCAGAAAAACGUACAGAAAAAAAGGAAAUAACUUAAUACAGAGUGUUUGUUAAUGUGCAUAUCAGCAUUCAGAGGGUAGUUAACCCUCUAUAGCAUGUUUCUUGCAUUUAUUAAGAAUUAAAAUGCUUCAGAACCAAUGCUUACCAUGAUCACCUUGUUAUCUAACUGCGAAAUGUUGCCCUGAAGCAACGAAUAAAAAAAAAACUACUUUUAGGUUUUAGGAAGUAAAUGAAAACAAAAUAAGCUUCCCAUGUGUCAACUUUACAUAUUGAAAUGUUUAGGAAAGAGUUUAAUAAUCAAAAAGGUGGUUUGUUGGUAUGGCAACACCAUGCCAUAGAUUUAAGUUGAUCUCUUACAGGUCGACGGCUACUCAGCUACUCCGUGUAGACUGUCAGUUACUUAAUUCUAUAGCUCUGUAUGCUUAAUAACAUGCUGUAGAGAAGGUAGUUAUCCCUCUGUAGCAUGUUAUUUGCAUUUGUGCUUCAGAACCAAUGCUUUAACAUGAUCGCCUUUUAAUAAGCUUUAAAAUAGGCUUUCCAAAUAUACUUCUUAACAUAUUAAAACAUUUAGAAGACAGUUUAAUGAUCAAAGAAGAGGUUUGUUGCCUGACGGCAACACUAUGCCAUAGAUUUGGGUUAAUUUCUUACAGCUCGACAACUCAGCAACUCCAUUUAGACUGUCAGUCACUUAAUUUCUAACUGUAGCUCCGCGUGAUCAAUACCAUGCCAUAAUUAACCUUCUAUAGCAUUUUUUUGCAGUUGUUUUCCAACUGUAAACUGUUGCCCUGAAGCAACAAAAAUAAAAAAAAUACCAUUUUUAGGUUUAAGGAGGUCAAUGAAAAACAAAACAGCUUAAAUAGGCUUUCCAAAAAUACUUCUUUACAUAUUAAAAUGUUUAGAGGAGAGUUUAAUGAUUAAAAAAGAGGUUUGUUGCCUGAGGGCAACACCAUGGCAUAGAUUUAGGUUAAUUUCUUUCAGGUCCUUCUUCUUAUGAAAAUAUAGUAGAAUACUAUUUCAAAACUGGAGAAUUUCUAUAGAGAAAUAAAAAACAAUACUGGAAAAGUAACUUUCUAGAUUUUUGGGACACUGAAGAUGGAAAGACUUUAGUUUAGAUGAGGAAAAACUAGCUGGAAAAUGGGCAGAGCUGUUCUGUAAUGUAAAUUAUUUAAACAUGGGGAUGGACAGGGCCACAUAAUAAUACUGCAACCAGCCAGCAGAGGCGCUAGACCUGUGCUGGCUGUGCUCUCCAUGCGUCUAUACAGUCACUGGUUACGAUCAGCAGGCUGGAAUAUGCCUGUUAUCCUGAAGCGUGGUGUUUUCUGUUGUUUUAAGGACGUUUAUUGCAAUAUACAGUGCAGUGCGGGUCUGAAAGGAAUCGCACAGUGAGGUCAUUUCAUGUUAUUCUGGUUCUUUAAGAGUUUAGGUUUUAUUAAGUUGAGGUUUGUACUGGUUAAACUAUCAAUUUAUCCAGUUACUGUAAUACACAAUGGAGGGGGUUAAACAUUAUAGGCCUUUUGGAUGCUUGGAUGAUUCUUGGCCCGCAUGUUGCUGCAUCGUUCAUGCGUCAGUUCAUGCUCAAGAGAGCUGACAGAAAGCUUCAUAUCUGAUUAUACAGCUCUGGAAAAAAUUAAGGCACCACUUCAGUUUCUGAAUCAGUUUCUCUGAUUUUGCUAUUUAUAGGUUUAUGUUUGAGUAAAAUGAACAUUGUUGUUUUAUUCUAUAAACUACAGACAACAUUUCUCCCAAAUUCCAAAUAGAAAUAUUCUAAUUUAGAGCAUUUAUUUGUGGAAAAUGAGAAAUGACAAAUAACAAAAAAGAUGCAGAGCUUUCAGACCUCAAAUAAUGCAAAGAAAACUAAAAGUUCAUAUUCAUAAAGUUUUAUGAGUUCAGAAAUCAAUAUUUGGUGGGAUAACCCUGUUUUUUUUUUGCAUCUUGGCAUCAUGUUCUCCUCCACCAGUCUUGCACACUGCUUUUGGAUAACUUUAUGCUGCUUUACUCCUGGUGCAAAAAUUUAUUCAAGCAGUUCAGUUUGGUGGUUUGAUGGCUUGUGAUCAUCCAUCUUCCUCUUGAUUAUAUUCCAGAAGUUUUAAAUUUGGUAAAAUCAAAGAAACUCAUGAAUUUUACAUUGUCUCUUAGUUUUUCCAGAGCUGUAGAUCAAAGCAAAUCAAAUUAAUCAAUGUAAGCAAUCUUAAGACUAAAGAAAAUAUCAGAAAAUUCCAAAUUGCUGUUUUUUUUUUGUUUUGUUUUUUUUUUAAAUCAACUGAAUAAAAAAAAUAAUUUAAUGACUUGCCAACGUGUAAAUUAUCUCAGUAGUGUUGAGUAGUCGAGACUAGAGAAUAUCGAGCCCAAGUAAAGAGAAUUUUACAUCAACAAUAAACAGAAUAUUAAAUAAAAUAACAUUGCUGUUCCCAUAAAUGAGAAGCUCAAACACCUUUACACAACAUGAACGAGCAGAUCAGUCAGAGUGCAUCGGUUUAUUUCCUUAAUAUGAGAAUUAUAAGCAAAUUAAUAUGUGCCUUUUGCAUGUUUCAAGAUGCGCAAGGUGUACUUUCCCUGCUGUUACGAUAGCAAAGACACCUCGACAUGCCCUAAAUCAAGCUGCACAGUGUACGGUUUACAAUUAUUCCAUAGAUAACUAAAAUAGGGCUCUAAAUAUAAGACCACUUCACAUUUAAAUAUCUUUUCGCUGUUUAAAAAGCAUUUAAAGGUCAUGUUCGUAAAUAAUCACUGUCUAAUCAACGAUUAGUCGACUGCUAAAAUAAUCGUUAGCUGCAGCGCUAGUGCAAAAUUUCAAGAUAGAAUUGACUCCAAAUUAGUUUGAGACUCUUUAUUACUAUAAAUCUAGUUCUGGCAGCUUUUAUAAGACCACAAAAGAGCAUUCGUGUCAGUGUUGAUGUGUGAAAUACCAGCAUAGAGUGAAUCUUACACCUGCAUCGCUUCAGAGAAUUCACCACAGCUCAUAAACCACUAGAAAUCUUAGAAACUGAGCGCCUCUGUUACGACUCGCCUGCAGACAUAAAAGCAGAGCGGAGAAGAAAGCGUGUCGAGCUUUUAGACUGUGUUACAAACAGAGGAGAUAAAGAUUAACCCCUAACACCCUGACUGACAUCAUUUGCAGGAGCACUGAAGUUAACAGAAGCGUGAAACUGAUUCACUUCAGUCACAUGGCUCCUUACAAAUAAUGCAUGCCAAGUUUAAUAUACAACUUUUACAGCAGUCAGAUUUUUACUUUAUCUCAGACUGCACAACUUUUCUUGUAAUUGGGAAUAUUUGAAUAUUUUAGAGGUUGUGGUUUGCAUACUACCUUAACUAAUCAAUGGCACAUGCUCAGCUGAGUCCCAAUUGUGUUAAUUACUAAUUUAACUAGUUUUUGAGUAUGCACAAUAAGAAAAGUAAGUACUGAUUUGUACCUAAAAGAGUAUAAAGCUUGUCUCUGGGGCUGUACCUUAUAUUGAGGUACUAAAAAAAAGUACCUUUCAGUGAAAGUCCCUUUUUGUAUCCAUGUUUUUUGAGCCAGUAAAGAUUAUAAAGAUUAUAAACAUUAUCAUCAACUAAAUAUGGCUCAAAAACUUAAAAAUAAAAAAAUAAAUGUGCAAUUUAAAUAUAUAUAAUAUAUUGUUUAUUAGUACAGUAGUGAUCCAGAAUACUGAAUGUACCUUUUGGCUGCAGGUUAAAUGGUACAAAUUUGUACUUAUUGCUGUUAGAAAUUAGAAAAUUGAAUAGAAAUUAGCAAUAGAAGUACAAAGCAAUAGAAAUUGCUUUGUACUUCAGAGGGAUCAAAUCUGACCCUGUAAAGACCAAUACUGUAUCUUUGAGGGUACAAUUAUGAAGAGAGUACCUUUGAGUACAAAAAAGUACUCAUAUCAUACCUCUGUUUUUUAGAGUGUGUAGUGUAGAUAUAAGUUGAAUUAUAAAUUAAGUAUUGUGAGAAAAUUGAGAGUUUUGGACAAAUUUGGAACCAUGGUAUUUGAAGGUAUGGAGAAAUUCAAUGUAAGUUUUUUAGGACAGAAUUAAGUCCACUUUUACAAUAGCAAAAUGGCAGAAAGCAAACAAAGUAUAUAUUAGAUUUAGAGAAUUAAUAAGAGUGUAAUUCCUAUACAUACAAAAAGGAAAUGUUCGUCCACUGAAAAUGAAACCAUAUGCUGCCAAACUGCCUAUAGUACUGUCUACCAGGGCUGCAACUAAUGACUAUUUUAGUAGUCGACUAAUCUUGCAAUUAUUUUUUUUGAUUAGUCACGAUUACAAUGAAUAGUGUUUCCUAUUAGUUAGGCUUUUACUGGAUGUUCAUAGCUAAACUUUUAGGAAUGUAAGGAUAGUUGACGUAUCUAUAAAAAUGACACAGUAUAUUAUAGGACACAUUCACACAGGCACAAUGUUGUCUUUUUCAGGAAAUUCUGCUUAAUUCUACUUAAAUAUUAAUUUAUAUAUUGCUUUGUUGUCUUGUCCCUUAUCUGGUGUGUUUACAGUUUUUGUGUCGAAGUUGUAGAAAAAUAUCUUACCAAGAUUCUAUUUUUAUUAUUUUAUACUAAAUCAGUUUAAUGCAAAAGAAAAUGUAACAAAACUAAAGUAAGGUAACAACUGAAAUCUACCACAAAGCUAUGCAAAAAUGGAAACAAUAUUUAUUCAAAAUAAAUAUAUAAAAUAUAGCAAAACUAAUACAGUAUAGAAUCCCUUUCUUUUCUUUUUUUUUAUUGUGUCGAAGAUUUUUGUGAUAUUAUUGCAUAUGAUAUAGUAUGGCUUACCCCUGUUUGUACACAGAAUUUAAAUUGAGAUUUUCCACUGAAGGAAAGUACAGACUACGAUUAGACUUAAUCUCUUAAUCUGAGAAUUUAAACCAUAAUAAAUUGGUAAACGCAACAAUGAAAAUCAGCAUCACGAUGCAGCACCAUAGACAAUAAAUCAUCAAACAUUUUAUCUAUUUUAUCCAGAUUAUAAUAGAGCCAAGAAUAACAGAGCCCGAGUAUUUCACUGAGCGGUUUCUUUCAGGCAGCGCUGAAUCCUGGGAGAGAGGAGGAUCUGAAGACUGAGAUGAUUCUGAGAUGAUUGUGCUGAGGUUUGCUCGUGGACUGAUGGACUUGCCUCUGAAUGACCAGGAAGAUUAAGGCAGGAAGCUCUGCGGCUGAUCCGAUGCUGCUUUUGUGUUCUGAAAUAUCAGAUUAUCACUUAUUACAAUCAUUACUUUUAUUAUUUAAAAAAAAAUCCAUGUGUGUAAUAUUAUUCUUUUAAUUCUGUGUUUUAUUCAUCUGUUGCAAUUAACCAUGAUGUAACUGCUUGUUUAUUACCAGACCCAGUCAUUUAUUUAAAUACAGCAAAAUCACUGGAGAGACGAAGUGUGUGUGAGUGUUGUUUCUGCUGGACGUGUGGUAUACACUAAUCAUAUACACUAAUCAAGCAUAACAAAGAUUUUAUUAUUUUUCAUUUUUCUCCCCAAGAAAAGGUGAAGAUUAGCACACGCCUCCUCCGACACAUGUGAAGUCAGACUCCGCCUCUUUUUGAACGUUGCCAAGUAGCAUCACAGAAUACAAAUUGUCAUGUAUUCU